AUGGGAGGUUAUCUAAGACAGCUAUUGUCUUUCUCCUCAUCCCACAAUCUCUUCUACCUUAAAGUCCUCAAACUGUUGCUGAGGUUCAUAACAUUAUCCAUUUUCAUAAUCUCCAGCCACCUCAAACUCUCCAAAGCUCGCCGGAAAUGUCUACGCCAGAUACGUCGGAAAGUCCGCACGUUCCCAAUAAAAAUAUAUAAAAAUGCGACCGGCGCCGAAAACAUCGAGCGCUGCGUCAUAUGCUUAGCGGAGUACGAGGAAGAUGACGUGGCGUCGGAGGUGUCUGAAUGCAGACACUCGUUCCACCGGCAUUGCCUCCGGCGGUGGCUGAUGGAGGCGGCGGGGACUUGCCCGCUUUGCCGCUGCGUGGUGGUGGCGGAGGAGGCGGUGGCGGAGUAUCACCGGAAGCUCGAAUAUCGCGGACGGGAUCGGAUUGACGAGGUCGAGUUUGCAAUAAUUUUGAUCAGAGUAUUGACGUUAGUAGCUGCUGUUGGCAAUUGUUGUAGCAAUGGGGGAGUAAUUUGUUAA